GGCAAAAGACCCAGUCAGCCCUGGGAGCACAGGUGAAGGCAAUUUACCUGUGUGAUAGGAAGGGAUUGGAGCCUGGCUGCACCUCUCUUAGACCUCAUUUAAGGGCUGACUGUGCCUGCCUGCUGACUGCUAUCUCUUCUUGGAGAUCCCUCCUUGGUGAAGCUUUCAUUUGCAAACCCAGAUUCUUCAGGCUGAACAGACUCCUGCAGUGCUCCUGUUCCCUGUGAUCACCUUAGAGCCAACCAGGGCUUAAUCAAGAGAGAGACACAAUAUUCUCUGAAAGACAAGGUCCCUGUGCCCGGACAGAGCAGAUGUCUAACAGCACCUCCACCACUGAGUUCCUCCUCCUGGCAUUCACAGACACGUGGGAGCUGCAGCUCCUGCACUUCUGGCUCUCCCUGGGCAUCUACCUGGCUGCCCUUCUGGGCAAUGGUCUCGUCAUCAUGGCUGUAGUCUGUGAUCAUCAUAUGCACACUCCUAUGUACUUCUUCCUCCUUAACCUUGCCUUCUGUGAUCUGGGCUCUAUCUCCACCACUCUUCCCAAAGCCAUGUCCAGUUUCCUUUGGGGCAGUGGGGCCAUCUCAUACACAGGAUGUGCUGCACAAGUAUUUUUUCUCUUUUUCUGUACUACAGCUGAGUGUGCUCUUCUUACUGUCAUGUCCUAUGACCGCUACAUUGCCAUCUGCAAGCCCCUGCAUUAUGGGACCCUUCUGGGCAGCAGAGCUUGUGCCACCAUGGCAGCGGCUGCCUGGGGCUCUGGGGUCCUCAAUGCUCUGCUGCACACUGCCAGUACAUUCUCACUGCCACUCUGCCAAGGGAAUGCUGUGGACCAGUUCUUCUGUGAAGUUCCCCAGAUCCUCAAGCUCUCCUGCUCCAGCUCCUAUCUCAGGGAAGUUGCUCUUCUUGUGGUUAGUCUCUCUUUUGCAUCUGGGUGCUUGGUUUUCAUUGUGCUCUCCUAUGUGCAGAUCUUCAGGGCUGUGGUGAGGAUGCCCUCUGAGCAGGGCCGGCACAAAGCCUUCUCCACGUGCCUCCCUCAUCUGGCUGUGGUCUCCCUGUUUGUCAGCACUGGCACUUUUGCCUACCUGAAGCCACCCUCCAUCUCCUCCCCAUCCCUGGACCUGGCUGUGGCAGUGCUGUACUCGGUGGUUUCCCCAGCAGUGAACCCUCUCAUCUACAGCAUGAGGAACCGGGAGCUCAGGGGUGCCCUGAAGAAACAGAUGAGCAGACUUUUCAGAAAUAGACAUCUGUCUUUCUUCUUCUGCAGAUCAUUCAUAGUAAAACUCUUGAUUGUCAGGACCUGUCAUCUGCUCAUGUUGGUUUUCUUCCCCUUUGGUUUUCUGUGAAAACAUUCUCCAAGAGAAAUGCCGCUUGUCAUUCUCCUGAGUACCUAAACAAAAUAAAGGGCCCUACAACAAUCUCAAUAGAGUUGAUUCUUUUCCUAGCAGCUGCUUCCUAUCCCCAGUCUCACACGUAAGAAUUCCCCCCACCUUCUGUG